AUGGGUCAACAUGGUGCAGUUGUUCUACAAAACGAGGGUGGUCAUAUCGAGGUAUUUAUUUUUUAUAAAUUAUUUUUUUUAUGAUUAGAAAUUAAUUUUCUGAUUUAUUUCAGGCUCGUCCACUAACCGAAGAAGAAGAAUGGCAAUUGGAACAUCAAAAAAUGCACGAAAAACAUCGAGGGCACGAAGCUAUGCAUAUGGAAAUGAUGUUGAUUUUAAUUAUAACACUUGUUGUUGGUCAGAUCUUUCUAGUUCAGUGGAAACGAAGACAUUUUAAAUCUUAUCAAGUAAGUUUUUCAUAGAACUUCGAAAGUACUAAUUUAAUGGAAAACGCUUUUUUUGUAGUUUUGUACAUUACUUGGAAUGUGGUCAAUACCUGUAUAUGUUUGUACAACUCGAUCAUGGUAUAGAUUUUUAAUAACUUGGGUGAUAUUUACAAUUGCAUCCACAUUUAUUUGGAUGAAAGCAUCAGCUCCACAAGUAUCCGGUUCAACUCCUCGAUUUGUUUAUAAAUGGUUUCUAUUUCUUCAUAAAUUAUCAUAUGUUCUUGGAAUCGCUGGAUAUUUAGUCAUGAUGUUUGCCUUAUUGGGAUUGAACUUUGUUUUUGGUUUGAAACAAAACAAUUGUAUGGAUUUCGGUGAGAAUUUAUAUAUAUAUUGAAAUUGUUUUUGAGCAUAUUUUUUAUAGGAAUUCUUCUGAUGUUUUAUGGAUUAUAUUAUGGUGUUCUUGGUCGAGAUUUUGCACAUAUUUGUACAGAUAGAAUGGCUGCUAAAAUCGGGGUAAGUUUUUAUACAAAUUGUAGUAUAAUUUUAAGUAUUUAAACAAUUUUCAGUAUUACACCGAUGAAGGUUUGCCGAAAAAGCAUCUUGAAGAUGGAGUAUGUGCAGUUUGUGGCAAUCAUUUAGGAUUAGAUGCUGCUCACCAUACUCACGAAUCAUCAAGUGCAUUGUUAAAAGGAUCUGAUUUUGAUGAUUCAGAUGAAACAAAUGAAGAAAAUGAGAAAACAUAUAAGCUUGCUUGUGGUCACGUUUUUCACGAGUUCUGUAUUCGUGGUUGGGUUGUUGUUGGAAAAUUGCAAACAUGUCCAUAUUGUAAAGAAAAAGUUGAUUUGCAAAGAUUAUUCAAAAAUCCGUGAGUUUUUUUAUUUUUAUUUUAGAGAGGGGAUAGAUUUCUUUGAAACUGCCUUGAAAUCGAUAUAAAUUGAACAUUUUGAAAUGAGCACAUUUUUAGAAUUUCUUUCUAAAAUGUAUUUAAAAACUUAUAUUUUUCAAAAAAUAAACUCAAUUCAUUUUGCUCAAUUCAAUUCCAAACAUUUUUCAGAUGGGAGAAACCACAUCUAUUCUAUGGCAAACUUCUCGACUGGAUUCGGUAUCUUGUUUGCUGGCAACCACUUAUUGUUACUUUUGUUCAAGGUCUCAAUCAUUUCCUCGGAUUAGAAUAA